CAUUAGAAACUCAAGCUAUGAAGAAUGGCAACGUGACCAUUUGGGACGUUGCCCUGCCAGCGUGCGAGUCGGCAGGACCGUUGUGGAGCGACUCGUACCUGCGUUGCUUUGUGCAGCACACUUCACUCAGCGGUUGGCACCCUUGCUGCACUGCACCGAUGGGGACGCAUCCGCAGGCCGUGCUAGACGCCAGACUCAGGGUCCUUGGCGGCGUUAAAAAACUGCGCGUUGUGGAUGCCUCAUCGAUGCCUUACCUUCCGGCGGGAAACCUUAAUGCACCACUUAUGAUGAUGGGACACCGAGCAGCCGCCAUGAUUAUCGAAGACAACUCGGUUCAAGAGUAAAAACAAAUAAAACAGUCCCGUAAUGAAGAAUCAACAUGCUGCCUUUAAAUAAAAGCUGAUGUCA